AUGAAAGAGAAUUUUUCUUCUGCCAUUGAAUCACUUCCUAAUGAGUUACUUACUGAAAUUGUUGCAAGGGUUGCUUCUACUUCUUUUCAGAAUUAUAUCAAUGCUAAGCUAAGUUGCAAGGUUUUUCAUGAAGUCGCAAAUGAACGAUACGUAUAUCAAAAUGCAACGUUGGCAGAGUUUUCGAUAGAACCUUCGUGGGAGAAGGAAAAUCAAGAGAAGAUAAACAAAGUUGCUUCAUUCUUGGAGUUAUGCAGAGAAUGCGGAAAUACAGAAGCUUUAUAUAGGAAGGGCGUGAUGGAUUUCUUUAAAGACGAUAUGCCAGAACUUGCAAGUGAAUUUCUGAAGAGAGCAGCAAAAGGAGGUCAUAUUGGAGCAUUCUAUGCGAUUGGUAUAAUUUUGGUCUUUAUGGGGGGUGAGUUUAGGCAAAAAGGAGUAAAGUUGAUUGGCAACAUGAAAGGAACAAAGCAACUGAGGAAGGAAUGGUUGGCCUCGUGA